UGCGAUUAAACCCUACCGUUUUGGGGAGGAGUAGAGAGUGAGGGCGGUCGUUGCAGACAGAGAGAUUGCAGAGAGGGAGGGCGGUCGUUGCAGACGGAGAGAGAUUGCAGAGAUGGAGAGGGAGAGAUUGCAGAAAGGGAGAGUGCGUUUCUCCAUCUUCCCCUCUUUUUAAAAAUCCGACCGUUGAGCUGUGAAUUUUCUCCCCCAAACACCACCUGUAAGUGACUUUCCUGUAAGUCACUUCCCACUUACCCAACUUACAGGCAUCCAAACAGGCCCCUAGUGGCGGUUUCUGACCAACUCAAGAACAGAGAAUCUCGAAUCAGCUGCAGAUUUCUUAGAAAAAUUCAAUCUUUUCCAGAUAAGAAGGAAAAGAGCGGAAAACCCAAAAACCUGAGGUAAGCUUUGACAAUCCAAACAGCUGAUUGGGUCUCUGAUUUCUUUCAUUUCUGAUGUUUGGUGCUUUUCAUCUGUCGAUUCCAACUUAUAAAAAUCACUGCUAGAUUUCAAUCUUCUUAUCCUUUUAUCUCUUUUUUGCAUGAAAGGAGAAAAACACAGAAAAUCCAAUGUAAGAACACCAACCCAUAUCGAAGAAAUUUCUGGAAUUGCAUUCUUCUGUAGAAGAUAGAAAGAGGGAAAAAAAAACCCCAAAAUCUAAUGCAGGAAAACCAACUUAAAUAGAUUAGAAUCAGGGCUAGAUUUCCCUUCCAACUUUUUUUUUUUUUUUUUUUUAAUUUUUUAAUUUUUUUUAAUUUAAAUUCAUCAUCUGUCAGCAGCUCGUAAUGUUAAAUUGCCGACUAUGUAGAGGCAUCUCUUAUUUCUGCAAAAUGCUUUCCCAACUCAGCCGACCGUGGAUUUCUCCUGUCAUUCCUGAAAAAUCCUCCAAUUUGCGAAAGAACCCAUGUUUCAGUUUUCAAGAAAACCAAUUUCUUUACAGCACUAGACCCGCCCAUGUUGCGAAAACAUUGCUUGGAGAAACGAACCUGUCUUUGGAUUCCCAGACCACGACCCGAAUUUCUCGCAUUGCACGAAAUGAGGCCCAAGACGCUCUCUUCGACUAUCUUCACUGUACUAGGAGCUUGCAUUUCACUGAUGCGGAGCACAUGAGCAAGAACUCGCCUGCUUUCCUUCAGAAUCUCCUCUCCAAGGUCGAGAGUGAACAAGGGACAGGACGCUCUGUGAGUAGAUUCCUACGUUACCACCCCAUUAACGAAUUCGAACCAUUCUUCGAGAGCUUGGGUUUGAAACCGUCCGAGAUCUCUCCGCUCCUUCCUCGCGAUUUGAUGUUCCUCAGCGACGAUGAUCUCAUGCUAGAGAACUUUCACGUUCUGUGUAAUUAUGGAAUUCCACGUAGUAAGAUUGGUAAGAUGUAUAAGGAAGAAAGGGAGUUGUUUAGAUAUGAUCAUGGGGCAUUGGGCUCAAAGCUCCAGGCUUACGAGGAAAUGGGCCUGAGUAAGCCUGUCGUCAUCAAGCUGGUUACUUGCAGCCCAUCGCUUUUGAUCAGCGGGGUCAAUGGGGAUUUCAUUCAGGUUCUUGAGGGGUUGAAGGGUAUGGGAAUUGAAAAUGAUUGGAUUUGGGAGAAUUUAUCAGAUAAAAACACAUAUCACUGGAGUAGAAUGCUCGGGAUGUUAGGUUUUCUUAAUGAAAUGGGUUGUAGCAAGAAGGAUUUUGGGAGGUUGAUUCGAAAAAGUCCCAGUUUUUUGCUCGAUGAUUCUGGGAGGAAGAUUUACGUGCUCACUGCCAUGCUAUUGAAAUUGGGUCUUGGAAUGAAUGAGAUUUUGGGCCUACUCUUACAGUACCCACGAAUUCUUGCAGGGAAUUUCGCAAAGAAUCUGUGGCAGGCUGUCCAUUUUCUAUAUGAGAUUGGGAUGGAGACCAAUGACAUUGCGAAGAUCGUUCGUUCUCACCCUCAUGUUAUGGGCUUGUGUUCUCUAAAGAAACCUCAACGUGUAUUAUCAAAAUUAAAUUUUGGGUGGGAAAAGUUGUGUGAUAUCAUUAAGGAGGACCCACAUCAGCUGAACAAAUUUGCCUUACGGUCAAAGAUCAAUCUCGCGGAAAUCAACGGCGAUGAUGGAACGUAUCUUCUCGAGAAGACUGCUUUCUUGUUGAAUUUGGGUUUUGUCGAGAAUUCGGAUGAGAUGACAAAGGCAUUGAAACAAUUCCGAGGGAGAGGGGAUCAACUACAGGAGAGAUUCGACUGUCUUGUGAAUGCUGGGCUGGACUAUCACGAUGUUUCUAACAUGAUCAGAAUGGCUCCUCCGGUGUUGAACCAGAGCAAGGACGUGAUAGAGACAAAGAUUGAUUACCUUCUUAAUCGAUUGGGCUAUCCCUUGCAGUCGCUUGUUGCAUUUCCAACGUAUUUGUGCUAUGACAUAGAGAGGAUAAACCUUCGGUUUUCCAUGUACAGUUGGUUAAAGGAAAAAGGAGCAGCGAAGCCCAUGUUGGCAUUGAGUACUAUUCUUGCUUGUUCGGAGAAGCGGUUUCUAAGGUAUCUUGUAAGUCUCCACCCAGAAGGUCCAGAAGUGUGGGAAAAGUUAAAAAAAUCAUCAUCUUUAGGCUGAGCAGUGUAUACUUCUUUAAAUGCCUUGUUGUUGCUGUUUGAUAAAGACUCACGACAGUCUUCUUUCUUUUCAAAACUGAAUUUUCCAUUACAAGUUUGAAACAACCACAUCUGAUGUGAAUAAGCUAUAGAUGAAACAUGCAUGCCAUAUCAUAGAGCAGAUUUUAGAUUUUGUCUCGAAGAGCUUUUGGGGUUUGACUGAUGGGUCAUGGCAUGUCACUGUUAUGGCAGGUCCAUCUUUUGUCUGGGUCAUUGGUUGUUCCUGAGAGGGCUAGAUUCUUACGCUUAUUUUCAACCAAUUUUUAAUUGGUCGUGGAUCAUCCACUGGUAUGAUGGUUAAAAAGAAAAUGGCAAGCAAAAUUUAACGGCUGAUAUCAGAUGCUGAUUAUCACCUAAAUGGCAUGGUUUUCAAGAUUUAUCUAGUGGAAGGGAGCCAUCCAGUCAUCAAGUGGUUAGUGCUGAGCCUGUGGAAGAUAAGUGAAGAUGAUCUGCGAAUUUGUACACAGGGUAAACAGCUUCCGUGGUGUAUGCAUGGGCAGAGGUCAUCAAGAUGACUCAAUGAUUCAACUUUGGUUGGAAAAGCCGAGAUUUCUCAUACCCCACUUACAUAAAGCACCGUUUCAAUGGAAGAGAUGCUUACUAGAUGGUUUUCCAUUGUGGAUCUUUUUGGAGAGAUGAUCGCAAGGUUAGUCGAGGGAGGUGCUGUUUUCCACAGACUGAGAUCCCUCUCAUCUUUUUAAACCUGACUUGAUCUUAAUCAAAAGCAAAUGGUUCAAACAUCCAAAUUCCUAGAUGGAUUUGCUCUGUCCUUUUGAGAGAGAACUGCAAUGGUAGCUGAGAAUUGGCCUCUAGCCUGGAAUCCUGCUAUGAAUUGCUUGAUCUUGGUUGGAGACCUGUCCAUCUUCCCAGUGCAGUUUGAUGAAGCCUCUGGGUAGCUGUCUUGGAUUUGAGGUAAAUCUCAUUCUUCAUAUUCAUAGAGAAGUAAAAAUUUGCUCUGGCAACUUCAUAAUUACAACUCAUCGAGGAUUGCCAUUUCCAAAUUGCAGAAAAUCAUAGCAUGCUAUGCUGUUAUUCUUUUUCCCAUUGCCCUGCAUAUGUAGCACAUAUGAGCUGUACAAAAGGUGGGCUGUGUCAUGAGGAUCACCUGGUGUGAAAAUCAGGCCAAUCCACUCAUCCAGCAGCUGCACCAUUGAAGUCAAUGGAUUGCUAAUGAUCUGAUAUGGAGUUCAUGUGUGGCCAGUCACAUGUAUCCAGCAUGCCUUGUGAGUGAACCUGCCUGAUAUUUUGGCUGGGUCAUUCACAUGAUGGUGCCUUGCUGAUUCAUGGAUCUGAUGUCCUGUAUGUGGAUGUGCAUGUGGGCAUAGCAGAAUUCUUGAAAUAACACAAUUCUAGACGUUCUCAUUUUUAAUGUGAAGCAUCCAGCCUUACACACGGAUUCUCCGGGCCGCCUGUGGGCAGUGUAUGGCUAUCCAAAUCAUUCAUGCAGUA